UCCCCCUCUCUCCGCUCCAUCAAAACAUCGGCGAGUUUUUGGCGCGUUCCCGGCGAUCCUUCACCGAUUCAUGGUCGAUGAUGGCCUCGGCCCUCGUGAACAACGUCGGAGUCUCGCCGGAGGGCUUCCUACGCUGCCCCUCGACGGCCUACUCCUCCUACGGCUGGCUCAACCCUCGGAUCUCCUUCAGCCGCGACGUCGCCGACGGCGACCAGCCCUCGCCCGCCCCCGCCACAUCCGUGGUGGCGCCUUCCGGUAACCCGCCGGAGAACCCCGAUCCCGAGGCCCCCGCCAAGGACCUGGUCGACUUCGAGUUCCGGCUUCACGAUCCCGUCGCCAUGCUCCCGGCUGACGAGCUCUUCUCCGAUGGCAAGUUGGUCCCGCUGCAGCUGAAGUCCUCCGCGGCCGAGGUCCGGUCGGCGGAGCUUCUGAAGUCGCAGCGGAGGGCGGAGAUCGCCGCCGGAUCGGACCCUUACGUCUUCUCCCCCAAGGCGCCGCGGUGUUCCAGCCGGUGGAGGGAGCUGCUCGGCCUCAAGAAGGCGCAGAACCCGAAGCCCGACGCCCAGAAGCCCGCCGCCGCCGCCUCCAAGAACCCGAACGCCAAAUCUCUGAAGCAUUUCCUCCACCGGAACACUAGAUCGCCGCCGGCGGACUCGAUCCUGAGCCUCCCGCUACUCCGCGACUCGGACUCCGAGUCGGUGUCCAUCUCCUCCCGGCUUUCCCUCUCCUCCUCCUCCUCCUCCGGCCCCGAGCACGAUGAUCUUCCCCGGCUAUCCCUUGAUUCCGAGAAGCCUGCGGCCCAGAUCCCGAUCUCGCUUAGCCGGAACCCGCCGCGGCUCCGAGUGGCCCGGCCUACAUCGUCCACCGCCACGACGGUAGGGGAAACCCACCCGCCGGCGAGGGUCGGCCGGAGCCCGGUCCGGCGGGCGUCCGACCCGGCGGCGCCACCUCCGCCUCCGCGGGGACUGUCGGUGGACAGCCCGCGCAUGAACCCGGCGGGGAGGGUCGUGUUCCAGGGGUUGGAGCGGAGCUCGAGCAGCCCUGGGAGCUUCCACGGCGGUCCGAGGGUCCGGCCCAGGGGGAUGGAGCGAUCCUACUCGGCCAACGUCCGGGUUACUCCGGUUCUCAACGUCCCGGUCUGCUCGCUCCGCGGCUCGGCCAAGUCGGUGUCGGUUUUCAGGUUCGGCCGGCUCUUCUCGGCCCAGAAGAAGGAACGGGACCGGCCGGCUCGCGCUCGUCGGGACGGAUCCGGAGCGGCGCUGGCGCCAAGAUCAACGGCGAGAAGUCUUCUAGAGAUUACGUAAAAUCCGCAUCGAAAUAAAUCACAAAAAUCACUAGAAAAUAGGGAAAAACAUUUACAACUGAUCUUUCUUUAACAAGCAGUCCUUUAUUUUUUUUUUUUUACUUUUUUUCUCAAAUCUUUUGAGGGUUUUUUUUUUUUAGAUCCGCCUGUAAGUAUUGCUUUUCUGGCUUUUAUUUUUGAUCUAUUGCUUUGGAUGUGGCUUUCGUUUUAUUUUUUUCGGUGGUAAAUUGUUGGGUGGAACCGAAGAAAGAGGCCAACUGUUUUUUUUUAUUAAAAAAACACUUUGCCACCGCGUAUGUUAGCUUUAUGUGGUAAUAUCUCUUUCGUCCACUGUUUAAUUGCGGCAUUGUAUUGUUGGGCGUGGCACUUUGCUACAAAACGCCGCCCGGUUUUUGUUUUUCUGCUGUAACGAGGGAAACUUGUUCUGCUAAUACUUUUUUAUGGCAUGUUGUAGUCAAAUUUUUUUUAAUAAAUAAUCGAUGUAUGACUAAAUAUAUGUCAUAUUUUUG